AACAGCGUCAGAGCCUUGUUCAUUUAAAGAAGUGCAUAAUAUAUACGAAUCGUAAAGAUUACGAUGCAAAAGAGCCUUAUCACCAAGGGUAUAGUGUGUUCACGGGCCACGAGACCCGUUGGGAAGGUACCCCGGACUCCUCAGGACAAAUAUUUCACAGGGUGAAAAUACAAAGAAAGAAUGGCCGACCGUGCGGCAGCGUGGAGUUCUAUAUCGGCACCGAGGCAAUCCGAAACCACAAACUUAGGGGUGGUGGCCUGACUGGGGAUACCCGACUGCGUCUGCUUAUUCCUUUUAACAGUUGGGAUGUACUGGAAUUGAAAAUGUUGCAACCGUUGGAUGCUCUCUUUGUACAGAGCCAACAGCGUCAGAGCCUUGUUCUACAAUAAAAAGAAAAAAAGCAGACAGUUCUUCAUUUCAGCAUACACCAUGGAUCUCCAGACCAUCUACGAGGAAGCCACUACGUCAUGGGGGCCCGACACUAAAGACUCUAUGCCACGAAGCCCUACACUCUACGCACCCCUGGCAAGACCCGUGACACCCCCGACAUUUACCCAGCCUGAGGAUGUGUUUGAUGGGGUGGCCAGUACUGUUUUUGUGGAUACAAUCAAGGCCUCUGUAGCUACACUUUUAAACGUGGUGAUUGGCGAAUAUAUACGAGAAAAAUGCAUCGGCUGUGAGAUCAAUCAUCCCAGCCAGCGUCGUCAUCCUUGCCUCUACGACCCUCCUAGAUACUACUUUUUCAAUCAUUUUGAGGAGCUGGUGAAAAGACUGUGGUCCUGCCGUUUUAUACCAGCGCUGGUCAUCGCCCUGGAGUCUAUGGGUAUUGCGCCGUCUAUCCCUAGAGUUUACGGGGUAACCGAAGCCUUCCUACAUGAACUGAAGGAGGCCCUCUUCAUCCAUGAGAAACUCAAAGAAAUCCGACACACCCUGGUGGACGACAACAAAUACAGGGAAGCUGUGAUGGCUGAUGUGAUGCUUUUCUGGCUCAAUAAAUCCCAAGAGACCGAGUGACAUUUUGUUUAUUUAGAGCUAUGGGUAACUAUGUGUCUACGAUGUUUGAGCGAAUAAAUACAUUUUUUCUUUUGAGAGACCUUACAAAUGUUAUGCAUCAGAUUAUUGAAAAUAAAGUGAACAAUGUAAAGUUCUACACAAACCACAAUACAGGGGUUAUUGUAGAGCGUGUGUUAAAAAUGGAGCAAAUCAUGAAACAUGUCCGACAUACGGGCGAGAGUUUACAAUGGUCACAUAUGGUAUCAAGGCUUGUUGAGGAUUCUGAAGAACUAGAAAUAACUUUGGCUAAGAUUUUACAUUAUUUGUUUGAACCACCCUUUAAUGUGAAUGUGUAUCAUAUUUGUUGUUUAUAUACUUAUAUAUCAGACGUGUGUGUUUUAAAAAUUCAGCGAAACAAACCUGUAAAUCUAAACAAUAUAUACAGGGUGUUGCAUGCUGUGAUUGUUGAGAAAACGGGGACUUGUAUCUUGCAACAAAUCCUGAAUUGUCUGUAUACGUAAUAAUUGUUGCAUUCUUAAAAUAAAAAUUCACAAACUGAAA